AUGGCUUUGUGGAAGAACAUGUUAAUGUGGCGACAAAAUCUCCAUGUUAUGUUCACCUUUGUGUUGAUACUGUACAUGAGAAUACUUUUGGAGGCUCAUGCUGGUUCAGACGUUUGCAGUAUUUGUCAAUGUGAUUUUGGAGGAGUUCUGCGAAUACAUUGUGACCAUCGCAAUUUGACUUCUGUUCCAGAAAAUAUUCUCCAGAAUGUUAGGAUAUUAAAACUAUCAGACAAUAAAAUCUCGAAAAUCGAAAGAGGAUCAUUCGAAAAUCUACCCAGUUUAAAGAUUUUGCCAUAUAUAUCAAAAAUGAUGUCCCAAAGGCUGGGGCAGUUUGAAUGGGAAAUGAUGCCCCACUUACCAUAUUCGCGAAACAAUACACUAUCUGAUUAUGAUUUGUUCCGUAAUCUUCAUUUGGAUGGAAGAUAUAUGAAUUCUCGAGACGAGAAAUAUGUCCAAUAA